AUUUUAUUUGAUUUUAUUCAUAUCCUUUUCAUACGAUAGAUUGUUACCUCCUGUAUCCCUAGUAAACCCGGUGAAUGCAGGGUGACUAAAAAAUAAGGAGACAUUUCAAAUUUCGCGCUAAUAGUCGAUAUUACAGAAUUCUCUACACACGUCUAGUGACCAGACGUAACAACACACUCUUACAAAAAUAUACCAUGUGUAGAUUACAAGAUUUCCUAAAUGUGUUGAUUAACUUGCAGUAGAUGGCAUAUACUUCAAUGUAAAAUGGCUACAGAAGUGGAUGAAAUGAUAGAGAUACUACUCGCAAGUGUUUUAUGAUUGCUUUUGUGAUGUUUUGUUAUUAAGUAUAUCAAAUUAAAUGUGAGGCUAUUACAUCUGAAAUAGAAAGAUAAAGAAGAUCAGAUCAACGUAAUAGGAAUUUCGUAAAUUGUAUGAAAUUGAAUUAGUGAAAAUUAAUGAAUCUUUAGAUAUUGUUAAUGAUUUAGGUAUUGUCAAUUCUUGCUUGGACUUUAUUAGCUCUCAUGCAAUAAUUUUUGUAAGUGUAAUGUAAUGUUCAUCUUAUAUAUGUAUAAAGUGACAAUCAGCUACAAAAUCUUCAGACAUUGCUCGAAGUUUGUAUAAUUAUGGAAGCAUCGAAUAACGCAACUGCGCCUGCUCAGAUCAUGAAGGAAAAUGAAACGAAUGGUGACAGUGUCGAAGAACACCUAGAGCCUAGAUUUGAAUGUCCCAUAUGCCUAACAUGGCUACGUGAUCCAAUUUUAACAUCCUGUGGACAUAAGUUCUGCUCACAAUGCAUCUAUGCUUGGCUUAAGAAAGAAGGUGCUUGUUGUCCAGUUGACAGUCGACCUUUGAAAUCUGAGAGUGAUCUCUUCAGAGAUCUUUACACUAAAAGAGAGAUAUCCCAGAAACUUACAACAUGUAUCUAUCAGCGAUUUGGUUGUCAAGUAGAAUUAUCUCCUGUGGAUAUGGAGACACAUACCGAUCAAUGUAUAUAUAGAAGAAAUCUUUCAGAAUCUCAAGUACCAAAUACCACUAAUGCAAUGUCCGCUGAAUCAAAAUUAUGGGAUCCACCUCCAAAGAAUGGGGCACAGAUUUCAAACAUGAAAGAACCAACUCCUGAUUGGCAAGAAUUGCUCAAAAACCUGUAUGAAAGGAUAGUAGUUUUGGAACAGGAAAAUCGAGAACUUUCUAUAACGGUAUCUAAUCAAAAGAAUCAGCUUGCAGCAAUGUGUCUCCGAAAUUGUAAUGGGGUUUACAUAUGGAGGCUAAAAUCUUUCCAAGAAAAACUCGUGGCUAUGAUUAAAGAGCCUUUAAAAAUGUUCUAUAGUCCGGGGUUUUAUACAAGUCCAAAUGGAUAUAAAAUCUGCGCUAGGAUCAAUGUAUCCUCUAAGGAUUCUGAUCAUCUAUCUCUUCUUUUGCAUAUUAUGAAAUCGGAGAAUGAUGAUGCUUUGGACUGGCCAUUUAAUGGCACGAUGUACUUUGUGUUAGUACAUCCGCAAGAUUCAGAAAAAAAUAUACGCACAGUAACAUCAUCCAAACCCGAUCUCGAAGCUUUCCGAAAACCAACAUGCGAAUUAAAUAGACGUAGUUUCGGUUAUACCGAAUUUGUACGCAUAUGCGAUGUAACCGAUUUUUUACAACAUAAUAGUUUAAUUUUCAGAAUAGAAGUUUGUGCACACGAUGGAUUUAAAAGACAUCCCUAAUAUGAGCAUUCUAUUUGUGUGUAUAUCGGAUUUAAAUAUAUUUUUAUAGUAACUGUAUAGAGAUAGUAUUAAAUAGUAAUACAAACUAAAACAAAAAAAGUUAAAUUUUAUUUAUAAAGAAUUUCUAUAUACAAAUUACUAGUUUUAUACACACAA